GUGCUUUUGUGAAAAGCACUUUUGAAAAAAACCACUUCUCAAAAUAAACUAAUUUUUACAGCUUGGCCAAACGGGUUAUAAAUUUUAGAUCCAGCGACGGAGCCACCUUAUAGCAAAGAAUUGACACCCCUUCACGGGAACUAUAUAGGUAGGUAAUUUUUUUUUAUUUUUUAUGUAUAUAUGUUAUAUGUUGAAUUUCAUUGCUUUUUUGGUAAUAUUUACUUUUUAUAUAUUUUGACAACCCUUAAUAAAAAUGGUAGCUUCUUAGAUCCAUCUCUGGUUAGCCAGCAACAACAAUACACCCUGGUUAGUUGGUAGUACUUAAUUAAAAUUUACAAAAAAUAAAACAUAAAAAUAGAGUUUCUAAGCUCUAACGUCGCUUCUUCUCCCCCACUUACUAUUUUCAUCAUUACAGGUACAUACCACUGUUACCACCUCUAUAUAUAUAGCUUUUAUGUUUCAUAGUUGGAAUUCAUCUACAAACAAAUAUUUCUUCUUCAUAUCCCAAUUAAUCACUAAUAUUAAACUCAUAUUCUUGAUUAUAUAUCAUCUUCAAUGGAUUCAAAGCAAUCAUCAGAAUUAGUGUUCACAGUAAGGAGACAAAAGCCAGAGCUAAUAGCUCCAGAAAAACCAACUCCACGUGAAACUAAGUUUCUUUCGGAUAUUGAUGAUCAAGAAGGUAUGCGAUUCCAAAUUCCCGUUAUUCAAUUUUACAGUAAGAAUUCUUCUAUGGAAGGGAAAGAUCCUGUUAAUGUUAUUAAAAAGGCUAUCGCUGAAACACUUGUGUUUUACUAUCCAUUUGCUGGCCGGCUCCGGGAAGGAACUGGCCGGAAACUUAUGGUGGAUUGUACCGGCGAAGGGAUUAUGUUUGUCGAAGCGGACGCUGAUGUUACACUUGAAGAAUUUGGAGAUGAACUUCAGCCUCCAUUUCCAUGCUUAGACGAGCUUCUUUUUGAUGUUCCUCACUCUGCUGGAGUUCUUAAUUGCCCUUUGCUUCUUAUUCAGGUAACUCGUCUAAUAUGUGGUGGUUUUAUCUUCUCGCUGAGAUUAAACCACACAAUGAGUGAUGCACCCGGUCUUGUCCAAUUCAUGACUGCAGUGGGUGAAAUGGCACGCGGUGCAUCUGCUCCAUCUGUACUUCCAGUCUGGUGUCGAGAAUUGCUAAAUGCAAGAAAUCCGCCCCAAGUGACAUGUACACAUCACGAAUACGAUGAAGUACCCGAUACAAAGGAUACCAUUAUCCCCUUAGACGACAUGGUUCACAAAUCUUUCUUUUUUGGCCCUUCUGAAGUCUCAGCACUUCGUCGAUUUGUCCCUUAUCACUUGCGUAAGUGUUCCACUUUUGAACUUCUCACAGCAGUCCUUUGGCGUUGUCGAACAAUGUCCCUAAAACCUGAUCCAGAAGAGGAAGUCCGCAUUCUUUGUAUUGUCAAUGCACGUUCGAACGCGAGGUUCAAUCCACCCUUGCCUACUGGCUACUACGGCAACGCCUUUGUAUUCCCCGUAGCAGUGACAACUGCGGCUAAACUGAGCAAAAAUCCACUAGCAUAUGCACUCGAGUUAGUGAAGAAAACAAAGACGGAUGUGACUGAAGAAUAUAUGAAAUCAGUGGCAGAUUUAAUGGUGUUAAAAGGUAGACCUCAUUUUACAGUGGUGAGGACUUAUCUUGUAUCAGAUGUGACUAGAGCUGGAUUUAGAGAAGUGGAUUUUGGAUGGGGAAAAGCAGUAUAUGGUGGACCAGCUAAAGGAGGAGUGGGUGCAAUUCCUGGUGUGGCUAGUUUUUAUAUACCAUUUAAAAACAAGAAAGGUGAGAAUGGAAUUGUGGUUCCAAUUUGUUUGCCUGGUUUUGCAAUGGAAACAUUCAUUAAAGAACUUGAUGGUAUGUUGAAAGGUGAUGCUCCAUUAGUCAACUCAAACUAUGCCAUUAUCAAACCUGCCCUUUGAGAUAUUAAUUACUCCUAUGAAUUAAUUAUCUCGAAUACUUCAUCUGUUUUUGUGUGUGUAUAAUUUCAAAUUAAAUGUUGUAAGUUUUCUCUUUUAUCACAUGUAAUUUUAAAUA